UUCCGAUACACUUGUACAUGCAUGGUUUGACUUCCAUUUGACUUGUAUAGAUUGUUAGCUUAUUAAUAGUGUACUAAUGUGCUUUAGUUUGUUUGAUACAGGUUCAAUGGCUCCGGAUGGAGAUGCUCCUAAAGAAAACUCACAAGAAAACUCACAAGAAAGAGAUGCUCAAGAAAGAGAUGCCACAGAUACAAAUGCUCCACCUGAUACUGAAGCAAAAGAAGUUGCACGAGGCAUCACCAUUAUGAAGGGAAUCGUUCGACAUAGAGACCAAGGAUUAGUAUACCGUUUGGAUUGGAAUUCUGAUAAACAAGCAAUUGGUCCUAAUUCUGCAAAGUUGACAAGCUAUAUUGGUACACUUGUUCGUAUGCAUAUUCCGGUCUCCACAGCUAAAUGGAAUCUGAAAAGCGAAGAGUUGGAUGCGAAAAAAAAAGCGAUUUGGGACGAGCUUCAGAGGACUUUUGAGAUACCAGAUGAUCGUAGACGCUACAUACUUAGUUUGGCCGGCAAAAGAUAUAGAGGGUGGAAAGCUUUUUUGACAAACACCUAUCUUAAGGAUAAAGAUGGAAACUUUCUUGAAGAGGCACCGGGACGGCCAAAAAAGUAUGAGAUCUUCAUUGGUGAAAAAGAUUGGACUGAGUUUGUAAAUCAAAGAGAUGAAGAUUUUCGGAAAAGGAGUGCCACGAAUAGCGCGAGAGCAUCCAAACCCGCGUAUCCAUACAAAAAAGGGCGUAUGGGAUAUGCACGCUUAGAGGAUAAACUUUUAGAGGAGACUAAAAGUGAGGAAACCUCACUUCCUGUACAUGUGUUGUGGAGGGAAGCUCGUGUGGGCAAGAAUCAAGCUGUCGAUCCCGAAGUUCAGAGAGUUUUUACUGAAUGUGAGACCUUGUCGCAAUCGGCAUCCACCGAUGAGGGGAGCGUACUUAGUAGAGCACUAGAUGCUCCUGAGUAUCCCGGUCGGGUGAGGGGUAAGGGUCAUGGUGUGACUCCAACCUCUUUUUACAAGAGUCCUAGGAGAAGAAAUCCUACCAAUGAAGAAGUGUUGCAAAAGUUGCAGGAAUUGCAAGCACAAGUCUCUGAAUUGCAAAGAGAUAAAGAGAUGUAUAUGAGAGAAAAGUGCAACACUUCAUCGGUGAAAGAAACUAGUGAUAAGGCUAGUAUCAACUAUCAAAGGAAAUUUCCCGAGGGCAUUUCAUCUUGCCAACUAUACUUAUCGGAACCGAAUUAUCGACUAGUUGGCAAGGGAAAAGUGCACAACACUUUGGGAGAUUUACUUCACCAUAGACCGCUCCCGGAUGGACACCUGAAAGUGAUGGGUUUUUGUUGGCGGAAGUGUGUUGGUAAAAAAGAAGGCCUAGAACUUUCUUGUUCUCGGAGUUUUGAUCAUUCUUUACAUGAUUGA